AUGAAUGAAACUGCUCUAAAGAAACUAACAGAGCUAAAAAAUCUUGAAUGUUUAAUAUUGGAAGAACACAAUGAGGAAUCAAUAAUUGCAAUUUCAAACAAUUGUAAAAAACUUAAACGUUUAGAAAUUCAUCAUUGCAUUAUAGCAUCAUCUAUUGAUGGUGAGCCACUUCCUUCUUCAUCUGUUUUUGAUGAGUUAUCAAAAUUACAAUGUCUUGAACAUCUAAACUUGUGUUAUGCACAAAAUCUUCAAGAUAGUACAAUUACUGCUAUUGCUAAUAAUUGUAAAAACCUAAAAAGUCUAGAUAUCCGUGGUAGCAUUUGUGAUAUUACUGAAACAUCUCUCGUUGUUUUAACAAACUUGGAAAAUUUAGUAAAACUAGAUGUAAGUUGUCUUAAUAUAAUUACAGACAGCUUCCUUAUCAAAUUGAAAGGAUUGAAAGAAUUGCAUUGUUAUAGUUGCAAGAACCUUACUAAUGCUGGUAUUAUUAAAUUUAUAAAAAAUAAUCCAGAUCUUGAACGUCUUGAUGUCCGCUAUAUUAAUAAUUUGACAAGUGACUUGGCUAUUGCUGCUGAUCAGGCAACUAAAAAUCGUACUAAUGGUAUCAUUUUAUCCAUAAUAAUAGAUGAUUUGUCAAUAAUCAAAGCUUCUAAGUCAAUAAUUAAAUCUCAAUGGUUGGUUGUUCAACAGAUUUAA